AUGCCUUCCCUAACCAAAUCCCUCGUUUCUCUUCUUUCGGCUGCAAUCAUCGGCCAGGUCCAGGCGGUUGACCCGCUUGUCGACCUUGGCUACACCAAACUCCAAGGAGUCGCCGAGCAGGGCGGUGCGACUCGCUGGCUGGGCGUCCGGUUUGCUGCGCCGCCGGUGGGCCAGCUCCGGUUUGCGGCACCGGUUGAUCCCCCGAACACGACUGAUGUCGUUGAUGCUUCGAAUUUCCGCCCGAUAUGUUUGGCUCGAAGCGCCUCCGACUUCACGAUGAAGCCAAACAAGCGCUUCACGACGGACGAAGACUGUCUCUAUGUUAACAUCUUUGCGCCUUCGAACGCGACACCGGAUUCCAAGCUGCCAGUCAUGUACUUCAUCCAAGGCGGCGGGUUCCAGUCUCUUUCCAACGCCAACUUCAACGGCAGUGAUCUGGCCAGGUUUGGAAACAUGUUGGUCGUUCAGGUGAACUAUAGAGUUGGUCCCUAUGGUUUCUUGCAGAGCAAGGAGGUGGAAGCUGGCGCGAGUAUGAACAACGGCCUCAAGGACCAGAUCCAGGGGCUGAAAUGGUUGAAGCAACACGCCGCUGCUUUCGGAGGAAACCCCGAUCAGAUGGUUGCCGUAGGUGACUCCGCCGGCGCAACCUCAGUAGCCAUGCUUCUCGCGGCCUUUGGAGACAACGACCCGGGCCUGAUCAAGGGAGCCAUCAUGGAAUCUGUCUCCGUCGCUACCGUCCGUACUCUCGAUCAGGGCCAAGAGCAGUACAACUGCCUGACUAACGCCACCGGCUGCAACAAACAAGCCGAGUCCCUCGCCUGUCUCCGCGGCCUCAACGCGACGGCUCUGCAGACGGAGGACUGCCAAUUCAACCCCAAUCUCGACGGCGACCUCGUCAAGGCGCCGACGCUGCAACGUUUCGCCGAGGGGAAGUAUCUUAAGGUCCCUACCAUCGCGGGAACCUGUACCGACGAGGGGACCAAGAAUGUGCCCCAAAAGACCGACACCGUCGAGGAGGCCUUCAAGAACAUGAAUAAUCAGGCCACGCAGUCCCUCAGCAACGCCUCCCUCGCUCUCCUCAAAGAAACCUACCUCGACAAGCCGCAACCCGUCUUCCCCAAUUCUGGUAAACUCUGGCGCCAGCUUGCGACCGCCCACGGCGACUACAGGGCGCACUGCAUCACCAAGAUCUUCCAGGACGCCAUGGCCCGCGACGGCGUGGCGACCUUCAACUACCGCUACGGACCCCUCGACGACGAGCAAGAGGCCCAGGGCUUCGGUGCCUACCACACCGUCGAGCUUAACGGCGUCUUCGGCCCCAACAACACAGACGGCGCCCCGCCGAAGAGCUACUCAACCACCAACGCGCCCAUCGUGCCGCUGACGCAGGCCUACUGGGCCAGCUUCGUCCGCAGCCUCGACCCCAACGCCGCCAAGAUCCAGGCGGGUAUGCCGCAGUGGGCGGCGUGGACCGUCGAUGGGAAGCAGAGGCUGCUGUUCCAGAAUAAUACGGGGACGAUGGAGGGCAUGCCCGCGGCGCAGCAGGAUAACUGUGCCAUGCUGGCGCCCAUGAUUCCGUUCAUCGAGACGCCUGCGUCGGAUGCGCAGAAGGCGUCUGUGAAUCUGCAAAAGGUGUCUGGGGCUACGAUACCGCCGGCUGGUCAGCCUGCCAAGGCUCCGGCUGCUGGUAGUGGCGGUGCCGGCAUGAAUAUGGGUGAUUCCAUGUCUGGCAAGCAGAUGGAGAUGGAGUCAGAGCAUGGGAACAAACGCAAUGGCACCAAGCACGGCGGAGGUGAGGGCGGCGGCAAAGGUGGUGGUAAAGACAAAGGCAAAGGGAAAGGCAUGGGACACAAGAAUGGUACGAGCCCUGAUGCCCCGAAGCAUGGAGGAGAAGGAGGUGGAAAGGGUGGCGGUAAAGGCGGUGGUAAGGGGGGACACAAGAACGAGACGAUGCCGAAGCCCGGAGGAGGUGGAGGGAAGGGAGGAGGCAGAGGAGGUAUGGGAGGCAGAAACGGGACCAACUCUACUCCUCCCACUGCACCUCCUCGGGUUGGUUCUGCUUCCAGCAUGGGGUACGGAAUCACUGGGGUGCUGUCGGCUACGGUGGUGGUAUGUCUCGGGCAGUUACUUUUGGCUUAA